AUGAAAGAAAGCAAAUGCAAAGACCACAAAACAAAGUACGAAAAUAAGGAAAGCAAGAUAGAGGUGCAGUGCUUACCAGAUGAAGAAGCAAGAACUAGAGAUGAGAGCAGCAGCAAUGGAGAACACGAGCUCAGAGGAUUUAUAGUGAUGGAGAAUUGUUUGUUUCUUAUGUGCAAGUUUAGAGGUGUGACAUUGGUUAUCAAGUAUAAUGAUGGAUUUAGUUUCAAGGAUUUAGUAUAUAAAUUGUGUGCAAAGUGGAGUGAGUUAGUUGGUAGUUCUUUGAAUAUAUUGUAUUCAAUGCCUGGGCAUUCUUAUUGUGGUCUACAAAGUGAAGAGGAUUUGGAGGUUAUGGUUAGACUGACACUUUCUUGUGAUAUUCAUCGUAUUGAUGUUUUUGUAAAGUGCUGUUCAUUGGGUGAAGGUUAUAUGACUUGUGAUGAAACCUUUACUCUCCGAUGGAAUGAUAAGGAUCGUGUCACUGUUCAUUAUAAGAGAAGGGCUGAUUUGGGAUGUUUAUGGAGCGUGCAUGCUGGAGUGGAAAAUUAUAGUAAAGCUUUUGUUAUUAAACAAUUUGAUGAUGUUCAUACUUGUGGAUCUUCUUUUCGUACAAUUAAACAUGCUAGGAUGACUUCAAGUAUGAUUGGUGGGCUAAUUUCAAGUGAUAUUCGUAAUAAGGCUUUGACGUCGGUUAGUGAGGUGGUUUGUGAUUUCAAGGACUAUUAUAGAACAGAAGUUUCUCAUCGGCGAGCUUGGAUGGGUGUUGAAAAAGCAAGGGGUCUUGUUUUUGGUGACUAUUCAUCAUCAUUUGACGAUCUUCGUUGGUAUGUUGAUGCCGCUAAUGCUUGCAAUCCGAGGAGUGUUUUUGAUAUGGAAUUUGAUAUUGAUAGUAAAGGAAGACAUUUCAAAUGCUUAUUUUUCGCUUUUGAGGCAUGUAUUCAUGGUUUCAAGUAUUGUAGGCCUGUGUUGAUGCUUGAUGGAACUUUCUUGAAAGGAAGACACAAAGGUUGUUUAUUGGCUACUAUGGCAAAAGAUGGUAACAAGUUAUUAGGUAUUUUGACUCCGGAGAGAGAUAUUGCAUUUGUUACUGAUCGACAUAGAGGUUUGCGGAAAGCUUUAGCUGAGACAAACUUGAAGACUUAUUUGUUAGUGAAGAGUCGUGAAUCUAAAGAGUAUUUGCUUAUUCUUUUUAGUAGAUGUGCAUAUGCUCCUACUAUUGAGUUGUUUAAUGAGCUAUUUGAAAAAUUUAAGGGUCGUUGUGGUUGUAGUGUUGAGAAGUUUCUUGAGAAUUUGCCUAAUGAGUGUUGGUGUAACGCUUAUUUUCAAGGCAAGAGGGAUGAACGCCAUUUGUUUUCAACUAGUCUUGUUGGUGCUAUAUGGGUGAAACUAAUGGAGCAAUUUUCAAGAAGGAGAGAAGUUGGGAAUAAGUGGAAUCAUAUUGUUUCUCCUUUUGCAGAGAAAAAGUUAGAAGAAGCUUUUAAUGAUACAAAAGCAUGGAUAGUUAAGAAAUGUAGCGAUGACAUUUACGAAAUCCAAUUGGAUCAUUCAGUUAUGAGGAGUGGGAAAGAUCUAAAUUGCUUUCUUGAUGAUUACUACCGUAUUAGUAGUUAUUGUGAUUCUUAUUCACAUUCUGUUUAUCCAGUUCCUAGUAUGUGGAAGCCAAAUGUAGUUGUUGAUGAUGAGGAUUAA